GGAAACACUCAUGAGGUAAUCUUCUUCACCCGGUUGUUGAGAAAGUUCGCAGUCCUUCCUAAAGUCCAGCAGUGGAGUUUGUCCUCACAGUGUCCAAAGUGGUUAAGAAGAUAAACAUCAUGACCUGCUAGCGACACACGGAGCAGCAUGGACGGGCAAUAACAAAGAGGUACACCAGGGGAGGAGUGUUGGCCGUUAUGACAAGCUCAUGAUGACCACCCUUUCUGUGACUGAUAUUGCUGAUGUUGGUCCUGAGGCGAAUCUGGGGUGUGUCGCUGAAGAGGGCUCGGUGAGCACAGCAGAAGUGAAACAUGAGUUACACACUUCUCCCAGUCAACCAGUUUCAUUCACAAGUUCUUCUAAAGAGCUGAACGAAACGCUGCCCAUGGACCCCGGCGACAUGAAACUGGACCUCUCUGGAGACACGCCUGCACCAGAGGGCCAGCCAGUGAAGAGAAAGAAGGGUCCGGCUCCCAAGAUGCUAGGGAACGAGGUGUGUAGCGUGUGUGGAGACAAGGCCUCGGGCUUCCACUACAAUGUCCUGAGCUGUGAGGGCUGCAAGGGCUUCUUCAGGCGCAGCGUGAUCAAAGGAGCGCAGUACGUCUGCAAGAACUCGGGCCGCUGUGAGAUGGACAUGUACAUGCGGCGAAAGUGUCAGCAGUGUCGGCUGCGCAAGUGUCGCGAGGCGGGCAUGCUGGAGCAGUGUGUGCUUUCAGAGGAGCAGAUCCGAUUAAAGAAAAUGAAAAAGCAGCACGAGGACGAGGCAUCUCGUAGCUCAACCGUGGCAGCACCGAGCCCAGCAGCCGACGUUCCCCCAUUGGCCCCGGAACAGCACGAGAUGAUCGAGAAGUUAGUCGCCAUGCAGAAACAGUGCAACAAACGCUCCUUCAUCGACCGGCGCAAAGUCACUCCAUGGCCACAGAGUCAGGACCCAAUGAACCGGGAAGUACGGCAGCAGCGUUUCGCUCAUUUCACAGAACUGGCGAUCAUGUCCGUGCAGGAGAUUGUAGACUUUGCUAAACAGCUGCCUGGUUUCCUGGAGCUCACCCGCGAGGACCAGAUUGCCCUGCUCAAGACCUCCACUAUUGAGAUCAUGCUGCUAGAGACAUCUCGCCGCUACAAUCCGGCGAUCGAGAGCAUCACUUUCCUCACCCCGGACUUCAUCUACAACAAGGAAGACUUUGCCAAAGCAGGGCUGCAGAUCGAGUUCAUUAACCCCAUCUUCGAGUUCUCCAAGGGCAUGAACGAGUUGCACCUAGACGAGGCAGAGUACGCGCUCCUUAUCGCCAUCAACAUCUUUUCAGCAGACCGACCCAACGUGCAGGAUCAUGAUUUGGUGGAGAAGCUCCAACAGCCGUAUGUUGAUGCUCUGCAUUCGUACAUCAGGAUCAAGAGACCGAAUGAUCAUUUGAUGUUCCCACGUAUGCUGAUGAAGCUGGUCAGCCUGCGCACCCUGAGCAGCGUUCACUCUGAGCAGGUCUUCGCUCUACGACUGCAGGACAAAAAACUGCCCCCUCUUCUGUCUGAAAUCUGGGAUGUCCAUGAAUGAAAAAUAACUACGAACGGCCAGCCUCAAGGACAUAGUCACACAGGGUUUUUACAGCUAAACGGUGCAGGAUCAUACUUUUCUUCAGUCCCAUUAUAAGCCCUGGCCUUGAGGAGCUUGUUUUAUUUUCCUCUGGACUUAUGAUUGUACUCUCCUGUGCAGGAUACAGUGGUUUGCGGUCAGUCUUUUCAGAAACGGCACUCUAUCGACUGUCUAGGAAUGUUUAGAGUAUAUACUUUUUAUUUCUUUUGAUCAGGAUUCUUGCUUACUGGAAUGAAUGACUGUACAUUAAAGGCAAUUGAUUAUAUAUAUUUUUUACAAUACCUAUUCCACUGGGAAAACUUGCAGCCCAUUUGAGCAUAAAUCCAGAGGCAUAUGCCUUCGAGAAGCAGAUGAAUGCAGUGACUUAACAGAAAGUUUGGCUCUAUACUGUAUGGGCAUUAUUUCUCCCUGCACUUUGGGGCCAAAAACCUCUCAUUUUCGCACAUGGUCAUGGAGCAGUGCUCCUAUAAAUGACUUAAUCUGCAGAUAAUUUGCGAAACAAUUGCCUCUUUCAUAAGUUGCUAUAUUUGCUUUGAUAUGAGCUUGUUUAUAAAGGAAUACAGUGGGAUAUCUGCUGAUUUAUUUCAUGAUGAACCAGCCAUCAGUCCCAUAGUCUGAAAUCUAUAAGUAAUUUACAGCUUGUAUAAUGUUGAAAAGGCAUUAUAUAUAUAUAUAUAUAUAUAUAUAUAUAUAUUUUUUUUUUUUUUUUUU